AAACAUGGAGGACACGAGUAGCAUUUUCUGCAUCUUUUUAAUCUUUUUAUGCCUACAAAUAUGUGUGAAAGGCCAAGAAGCUUUAGAAUUAAAAUCUACAAACAGUUUUACAAUUGAAGGAAGAGUUGAAGUGUUUUCUAACGGUAAAAAUUGGCUCCCAAACACACGAAUCUUGGUGGACGGCGGAGAGUAUAUUGGUUUUCUCAGGUCUGACGGCAGCUUCACAAUAAAUGGUGUCCCUUCAGGUUCAUUUGUGGUGGAAGUAGUCAAUCCAUCAUUUUUAUUUGAGCCAGCCAGAGUUGACAUAACAUCUAAAGGCAAAAUACGAGCCAGAAAAGUGAAUUAUUUACAACCGAGUGUAGUGAAAGUUUCACCAUAUCCUUUAGAGUUUAGAGAACGAGGCAAGGCCAACUAUUUCCAGGCUCGAGAACAAUGGAGAAUCACAGAUUUCUUGUUCAAUCCUAUGGUUUUAACUAUGGUGUUGCCACUUUUAUUAAUUAUGGUUUUACCUAAAUUAUUAAACACAGCUGACCCUGAUACACAAAAGGAAGUGCAAUCUCAAAUGAAUGCUUUAAAUUCCAAACAAAAUAUGCCUGAUGUAUCAGAAAUGUUUACCAAUUUAUUUUCUGGGGGCCAGAAAAAACCAGUGAAGGCAAAACCAAGUGCGAAACAAAAAAGAUAACUUGAGAAUAAAAAUAUAGAAUAACUUAUAAGCAUGUAAUAACUGUACAAUUUUGUAAAUAUUGUAAGAUUUUAAUAUAAUUUGUCAUUCAUAAUUCAUUUUAUAGUCCAUCUUGUUUAUAACAUUAAUGUUUCAGUCUAAUUCUAUUGGAGAUGGGAUACCUUCUUAUUCUUACUAGGACAUGUCAUCUUUACUAUGUCAAGCUAUUAUGAACUUUGUCUUAUUCCUUGACUUCAUUAUUCACCUUUCUUGUAUCACGGAAUGCAGCGAUUUGAUUUGAAUUUACAUCAGUCAGAAAGACUGUAAACAUGAUUGGCUGUAUUCACUGGCGUACGAACCAAUCAAAUAGCUACUUAACGUGAUACAUGAAAGGUGGCUUUGUAGCUACGGUAAAAGUGAAGAUGGAAAACUCUGUAAGAUCAACAGUUAAUCAUUAUCAUGCCUUGAUAUAAUUUGACCAGUAACAUACAAAUACCCCUUAUUUCACAAAUGAGCUCUUCCAAUCAUACAUUUAUAGUAUCAUAUUGAUAGAAAGUAUGCAUGUUUUAGAAGAGUUCAAUGGAAACUUGAGGGGUGUAAAAUAGUCGGGGAUCCUUAUUCUUCAAAUCACGUCUACUAAGUUUUUUAUAUUACUUGGUCGAUUCUUUUGUGUUUAUUUACAUUACCUGUAAUAAAAAUGAAAACUUGAAAAUCAAAUGUUUAAUUAAAAAAAAAUCAUUGAUGUCUAACUCAGUGGGAAUGUAUUUCUGUAUAAUUUUUUAAUUCAUGUUGUAUCUAUACCUAAGUCAGCUAUGUUUUGUUUUUAAAUUCAUUUGACAAUAAAAUGUACAAGACCAAGGU